AUGACCACAAGAGUGUUUGACUUAGAGCCAGGAAAAAGCCUUUCAAAAAUUGUAUUAAAUAAACGGGAAGUGCAAAGUACUUCUUCGAAAAACACAUUAAUAUUAGGCGACGAAGCUGCUAUUAACUUAAAUAAAUAUAUGAGACAGUCUCCUGGAUUCAAAAGUUUCAAUAUUCAAUCUAUUAUUAAACCAGGAGGGAAUUUUGACAAUGUACUGAAGAAUGUAGCUGAAUUAGUAAAAACAUUUUCAUUAUCUGAUUUUGUGAUUGUGGUAGCAGGUGCUAAUGAUUUUCACAUGUCCAGGGUCCCUAAAUUCAGAAAUAUUUGUUCGAAACUGAAACUAUGUACCCACACUAACUUUAUAAUGGUGUCUGUUCCAAUUUUGAGAAGACACAGUGACAAAAACCUAAUCAAGAAAUUUAAUUUGAAAUUAGACCAUUUUCUGGAUAAGUUGGACAAUUAUACAGAAGGUAGAAUGUUAUAUGUAAAUAUCAAUUCUGAGCAAGGUGCCAAACUAAAACUGUCCGGUAUCAUACGAAAAAUUAGUGUAGCAAUAAGUAAUAGCAAAAAUGUCUGUAAAAAUUUAAAAUUUAUUAACACUGUGAAAUCUAAAAAUACAAACUGUAACAUGUCUACUAACUUGGGCUCUAUAGAUUUGACAGGUUUAAAUAAUUUUACUGUUCUUCCUAUUAAUAAUAAUAACUUGGACUCUGUAGAUUUGACAGAUUUAAAUAAUUUAAUUCUUCUUCCUUUUGAUAAUAGUAACUUGGGUUCCAUAGAUUUGACAGGUGUAAAUAAUUUAACUGUUCCUCCUUUUGAUAACGUAUCUAUCACACCCACAGUUAAUAAGGAUUUUCCCACAAAGUCUCAAACUCAAGAUCCAAAUUAA